GCUUUUCAUGUCUUGCAAAAUGGCGGCCAUCAGAAGAACCUUGACAAAAUUUCAAACUUUAAAUAAUUAUCGUGUUACAACAGAAUUUAGCACUUUUGCUCUACAAUAUAAGGGACUUCCUAGAAUUAAAAGUACUCAGUCAGUAAAUAAUGCAAAUCAUAUAACAACAAACCAACUAUUCAACCAUCGUCAAUUUCAAACAUCUUCCGUAUUAAGUAAAAGAGAUUACUAUGAAGUAUUAGGAGUUCCAAAAAGUUCAGCCUCAAAAGACAUAAAAAAAGCCUACUAUAAGCUGGCAAAAAAAUUUCACCCUGACAUGAAUAAAAAUGAUCCUGAGGCUGCAAAGAAAUUUCAAGAAGUAUCAGAAGCCUAUGAAGUCUUAAGUGAUGAUUCUAAACGCCAGCAAUAUGAUACUUUCGGAAUGGGUGAUGGUCAACAAGGCUAUGGCAGCCCUGGAGCAGGUUUUCACCAAGGAAGAGCUGGAUUUCAAAACUUUCAUGGAUCUAUUGAUCCGGAAGAGUUAUUUAAGAAUAUGUUUGGAAAUGCAGGUUUCAGAAUGGGUGGUUUCGAUAAUAACGAUUUUGCAGAAAGUAAUUUUGGAUUUGCUGCAGCGUCGGAGGUUUCCAUGAAUUUAACUUUUCAACAAGCUGCCCGUGGCGUAAAUAAAGAAAUAGAACUUAAUGUUACAGAUAAUUGUCCUAGAUGUGGAGGAAGAAAAGCUGAACCAGGCUCCAAAACAGUAAAAUGUCAUCAUUGCAAUGGUACGGGAAUGGAAACAUUUAAUACAGGACCGUUUAUGAUGCGUUCUACCUGUCGACACUGCAGAGGUGCAAGGACUAUACUAGAAAAGCCUUGUUUCGAAUGCUCUGGUAAAGGAAAAACUGUACAAAAAAAACGAAUUGUUGUUCCUGUUCCCGCUGGUGUUCAAGAUGGUCAGACAGUCAGAAUGACUGUUGGAACCAAAGAAGUUUUUAUAACAUUUAGGGUUGAAAAGAGUAAAAUCUUUAAAAGAGAUGGUGCAGAUGUUCACGCAGACGUUUCAAUAUCACUUUCUCAAGCUAUUCUGGGAGGUAACAUUAGAAUCGCUGGUAUAUAUGAUGAUAUAUUGUUGGAAAUUCCACCUGGUACAUCUUCCCAUACAAGAAUUCGUUUACAAGGUAAAGGAAUUGCAAGAGCAAAUAGUUACGGUUAUGGAGACUAUUACGUCCACAUUAAAAUCAAUAUUCCUAAGAAACUAACGAAAGAGGAAACGGCACUUGUAAAAGCAUUUGCCGAGAUGGAGACGAAUAUUAAAGGAACUGUAAAUGGUAUUACAUCAACAAAAGAAGGCACAAAGGAUAAUGGCGGUGGAGGUGAAAGUCCUGUAAAAGGACAAAGCAUGGAUUCUGAUGAAAAUGAGGGUAUACUAAAAAAAAUUAAGAGAGCCAUAUUUGGUUCUAAAGUUAUGAAUGAUGAAGAUAAUACUGUUAGUAGGAUACGUAAAGCCAUUUCUCACGAGGAAGAUCAGAUUAGUGAUGAAAAUAACGACGAGCAGGCUCGAGAAAAACAGUAA